AUGGAAAACUGCGAGUCUUUGGGAAUAGAACUUAUUCUUCACGAACAAGACCGACCCGCGCCAAGCUGCCCCCACGGUCCCACCUUGUUGUUUGAGAAAGCGUGUGUGGGAGGAGCUAAAGGCCGGAGGUUCUACGCCUGCUCUGCCUGCAGAGACAGAAAGGACUGCAACUUCUUCCAGUGGGAGGAUGAGAAGGUGUCGGAGGCCCGGCUGUUGGCAAGAGAACAAGAAAAUAAAUCAAAGAUGCCGACUUUCACCCACAAGGAGUACUGUGCCAGACUGAAAAAGUUCACCAGCCUGAUGCUCCACGAGAAGAUGUUCUGUGUGGAGUGUGAGCUGCUGCUGCUGCCAGAGGAGAGGUUGGCCCACUCCUCCCACAGGCUCUCAGAGGUGACCAGUGUCCAGCUCCGGAGGCCCAGUGCUCUGCUGCCCCCGCUGGAGAACAAGAAGAGCAACGCCCAGUACCUGUUCACGGACCGCAGCGCCCACUUCCUGCUGGAGACGCUGCUGAGGCUGGGCUUCACCAAGGUGCUGUGUGUGGGCACCCCGAGACUCCAUGAGCUGAUAAUGUUGAGAAACUUUGAGACGAAGGAAAAGCCCAUGAAGAGUCUGCUGCUGGACAUAGACAUCAGGUACGCCCAGUUCUACGGUCAGAGAGAGUUCUGCCACUACAACAUGUUCAACCAUCAUCUGUUUGGAGCAAAGGCCUCCAGGGACGUCCUCCAGGGUUUCCUCUGUGAGUCCGAGGGGGAGAGGCUGGUGAUGGUGGCAGACCCUCCGUUCGGGGGCCUGGUGAAACCUCUGGCCAAUAGCUUCUCUCUCCUCUCGCAGGCGUGGGAAGCUCAGCACAGCAAUGGGGGCAGUGUUUCGGAGAUGCCCAUGAUCUGGAUCUUCCCGUACUUCUUCGAGCCUCGUAUUGUGGAAUGUCUGCCCUCAUUGAAGAUGCUGGAUUAUCAGGUGGACUAUGAAAAUCACCCUCUGUACAAACACGGGAAGAGCGGCCGAAAGCAGUCUCCAGUUCGACUCUUCACCAACAUCUGCCCCAAAGACUUGGUCCUGCCCAAAGAGGAGGGUUACAGAUUCUGCUCUUUGUGCCAAAGAUACGUCUGGUCCCUGAACAAACACUGCUCCAAAUGUAACGUGUGCCCGUCUAAGGAUGGACGUGAAUGGAAGCACUGCUCUAUCUGUGAGAAGUGCGUCAAACCCUCCUGGAAACACUGUGGAUCCUGCAGCCGCUGCACUCUCCCGGACCAUCCCUGCGGCUCCAAGACAGACCAGGGCUGCUUCAACUGUGGCAGCCUCGCACACAAACGCAACUCCUGCCCACAGAGAGAGCGAACCAAAUUUGGCAAAAAAGGCAAGACGGGUAAGAAGAUGGGAGCUGUGGUCAAGGCCAACGCUAUACGGAAGUCUGGAGCAGAGAGGAAGGCGAAGAAGGCUGUUCCAAAGCUCCAAGGUCCUGCCGUCCUGCUCCAGAGCCUCAGGAUGCCCAUGUGCUGGCCUGUGAUGGUGGCCGUGCUCGGGGCCGUGCUGGGGGCCUGCCUCCCGGCUCUGGCCCCCGGCUGCGAUGUGUCCAGGAACCACAUCUGCGGAGCCAGAGUCCAGGGCGACAUCAUGAUCGGACUCAUGUUACCCAGUCACGACUCCGUCCAGAACCUGAACAGGACCAGCCCGGAAAGAUACCAGUGCUCCAAGUGA